UUCUCUUUUUGUGUUUUUGAUGCAAACUCUUCAGUCAGCUGUACUUGACUCACCGUACAGACUCUCGCGUUCACAUCGCAUUCUGCUGAGGGACUCCGACGGGUAGACGUGCGGAAAUCGCUAGCAGAUACGCUCUACCUAUACAAUUUCUCAUCUGCCGUCUAAGAGAGAUCGCUGAUAUACCAGACGACCAGCCGUUCCACUGGAGCUGCGCGGCCUGACAGUUGUCCUUCACGAUGCUGGAACAACAACAAACUGUGAGAGUGGCGGAGGAGCCUCGGGGCCUGUUGCUGUCGUCGCUCAAGAGUUCCGUGUUUAUUCUGGGCACAGCAUUCGUGGUGCUAGUUGCUGGGAGCAACACACUCACCUGGCACCUGCAACGCUUCUGGGGAGCAUCAGGAAACUUUUGGCAAGGCCAGUGGGAUGCUGUCGAGGCUUUCUUUGAUGGAGACGAGUUCUCCAUGAGUAUAUGGGGUACAUUUGCGGUGACCUUUGCGGUCUACUGGGUUGUUGGUGGUCUUUACACACUGAUGGACCUCACCGGACGUCCUGCAUUUCUGCUGCGGUAUAAAAUCCAGGACACAGCUCCAUACCCAGUCAACUUCAGCCAGGUGUGGCGUGUGGUGCGUCAGGUGCUGUUCAACCAGCUGGUGGUGGGGCUGCCCUUUGGCCUUGUGGCCCACCAGCUGCUGGUGUGGCGUGGCUAUGAUCGCAGCCCCCAGCUGCCCACCUUUCACUGGGUCCUCUUUGAACUGGCGGUCUGCGUCUUGGUGGAAGAGGCAGGUUUCUACUACGCACACAGGCUAUUGCACCAUCCUCGCCUGUACCGGCACAUACACAAGCAGCACCACGAGUGGACAGCCCCGAUUGCCAUCACAGCCGUCUACUGCCACCCGCUGGAGCACAUCUGCUCGAAUCUACUGCCACCUUUGCUAGGUGUGCUGCUGCUUGGCUCUCACCCUGCAACAGCUUGGCUCUGGUUCAGCGUGGCGUUGCUGUCCAGCCUGAAUGCCCACUCAGGCUUCCACCUGCCAUUCUUUCCAUCACCUGAGGCACACGACUACCACCACCUCAAGUUCAACAACAACUUUGGAGUGCUGGGUGUACUUGACCGACUGCACGGCACAGAUCGGCAGUUCCGACAGACAGCUGCCUAUCGCCGCCAUGUUAUGUUGCUCAGCCUGGUACCUCUGAAGGAUCUGUGGCCUGCUGAAGGAAAGAAAAGCUCCCAGUAGCAUCCUUUGUGCUUGCCCUGUCAAGGUUUCCUCCCAUACGAGGUGGCUUCGUGACCUGGGCUGCCUUUUGCCUGACAUGUCCUGUCUGACCCAGAGGCCCGUGUCGUCGCUUCAUCAGGAGCCUCGUGCAUCGGCCUGUUGCUCUGUUUGAGCCUCCUCUGUGGCUCAAAACCUGUGAUAAUCUAGACUUCAGCACCACCCUACACACUCAGGUCCAUUUAUGCCUUUGGAAACAUUCAGCAGCUUGUUGGAUCCAGUAGCGAAAUCCAGCAGCAACCACCAUGGCCCAACUGCCAAUACGAUUUUUUGCUAAGCAAGACGUUUCAGGCUCGAUUACUGGCUGUGGUGGCUGUAUUUAAUCAGUGUAGAAUGUUGAAAUGUGUAUAAACUUAGUUUUCCAUAAGGUGAGAGGUAGAUAAAGAUUGGUUGCUGAAAACAGGAAAGAAUGCUGACAGCACUGCAACUGUCAAAUGCACGGCUGACUCCUGAACGUUUAGUCAACAGUGUCAGCAAGGAAAGAAAGUGCAACUUCAGUACUCCGGUGUCCCAGUUUAUGUAUCUAAAUAAGCUUUCUUGCUGUAAUUGAGUCCUUUAAUUUUAUUGCUUCUGUAUUUCUUCGUUGUGUCGAGUUACACUCCCACAGCUUGCAUACUUGUGUGCUUAGUGCUUUUGGGAGGCUGGCUUUUCCCCGAAACUUAGCCAUCUACGAGCUAAGCUAGCCGCUUGUAGAAGUGCAAAAUUUGGGGAAGAACAAACAUUAUGAAUUGGCUGUUGUCUUCAGGACGUGAUAAUAGACAUAAUGCGAGUAUGAUUUCUGAAGCUGUUGAAUGGGGAAAAAAAAUUAACUUCACAGUGUCUUUGUGUAAAUGCGGCAUGACAUCCAGUGUAGCGUACAUUGUGAGUGAUGUCAGGAAAAGAAAAAAAAAAGCCCAGCAUAUGUAAGCUCACUCGACUUACUACCAAGAGGAUAACAACAGUAAAUAAUAAGAUGAAUACAUGUAAUAAAGCUGCAAAAGGGUCACAUGAAGCAUCCAGUCUUCAGGGCUUUAGUUACGCUUGUCUUAUUGUUUAGUUAAGGCAGAGUCAUUCAAUGCUUCUUAUGGUCACGAAACUGCCACGUCAGUUUCAUAUGGAGCCAGCGGCCGCCGCCAGAGGCGCAGCUGUGCUUGAGAGGAAACGCAAACGCUGCUAUCGCUGGGGUUGUGUGUGGGACAGCCUUGGUGUUUUAGCUUUCUAAACUUCCGCAACGGUCGCUUUGCUUUCACACUCUUACUUUUAGCACUCAACAUGCAUAACUACAUUUUUGAAUGCGCUUUAUGUUUUAAAAUGAGCACCCGGGAGGAAAAAACCCAGCAUCGGACGCAUUAUUCGAAGGUCGCAGGUUCGGUCCCUGCCGGCGGCAAGUUUUCUUUUCGUCCACUUUACUUUCUUCGCAUUUAUAUCCCAAUUAUUACAAAUAACAUCCGAUAUACUUUCGUUGGCAUUACUGCCUGUUAGUUCUCAUUAAUAUUGUGUCUAACAAAGAAAAACGAGCCCUUAAAAGUAAUCUUCUUUCCUUCAGCUCAAGACAUGCAGCUCACGGUGGUACCAGCUGAAAAACUAUGAAAAUUGGGGGAUUAACGAAGAAAUACCAAAAUAUAAUUACGAACGCAAACGCGGGGGACUUCUGAAUGAUUUUUGCCUCCUAGGUUCCUUUUAGAUGUACCAAUUCUCAGCGCACUGGUGUUAUUGCAUGUCGACACAAUCGAAGUGCGGCCGCUACGGCCUCGCAAGCUCCUUUCGUCUCAAUACUACGACACUACGAUACGUACAACUUUUUAACAUUUCCGUCAAAUUAAACACCGUGCACUCGCAGUAAAGUGCCAGCGGUGCCAGUUGUAAACAUAGGCAAAAAUACGAGCUGUUACACGCCCAUUCGUGUGGCUACGAUGCGGUAUAAACAGAGCGUCGGCGAUGCUCGGAGCUUUUCACAGGAUGACUCACGUGGUCGUUUGCAUGGUGGUCGCAUUGUCGAUGAGGGAGAUCGAGGUUUGCGCUUCGUGAGAUACGAAGGAAGUCCUUCAAAAAUACUUGGAAUUGCGUCAGCCUUCAGUGUUGGUUUGUCGGUUUUCAGGGACACGGAGUCGCCGUUGAUGUUAAAGUCAUACGCAGUGACAAUGUCCGAGGCGUCAAAAAGGUUCGCACACGAACGUGUAUACUUCGACUCAAAGUUAAAAUCGCCACUUUCCUGCCGCGGUAUGGCCCGCUUCCCUUUCUCGUGCUGCUGCUUGUCUAAUGGUAAAGAAAACAACGACACCUUUCUGGUUCCCUUGUAGCCAGAACGGCACCCCGGCAUUCAACAUCUAUUAGGCAUCCUAUUCCUGAGACAACGUUUCCGCUAACUUAAACAUAUCAUAUCCAGCAGCUUGUCUCGCACUGUGCGAGUAUUUCAAUACGUGGACGGCGCAGACAAUCGCCUCUGUGGCGCAGCGGCGGCGCAUUGUGGCAUUGUCGAGCAGCGUAUGAAGCUCGCCCAUAGCGUGACGGUGCAGUUUCGUGACCAUAAAGAGAAUUGAAUGACUCUGGUUAAGGUUACAAGACUGUUGAAGUUUCCAAAGGCAUGUUCACAUCUGCUUUGACCUGUUGAAACCAUAACACUUAUUAGCAGCUUGUGUCCAGUCACGGAGUACACAAAGUUGAAUGGCAUGAAUACAAACUCAAGCAAUGGAUUGAGACAAGCAGUUAACUAGAAACCAGCGUCUAUUCCUUUUGUUCACUUGAAUUCUUUUUUGCACACUUUAACAUUAUGCAUUCUCUUGGCAGUCCAAAACUUUCACUGAGUUUCAUCACAAAUAUGCAACGUAGCUAUGGUGGUGUGAAGAAACAGCAAGGGCAGCGUAGUUUAAUUCUUUUGCAGAGCAAGUUGAUGACAUGCUUUAAAGUGCGCACACCAUCCAUUUGCACUUAACAGGUAGCCAAUGCAUUGUGUAAGAUGACGUGUUGCUGCAGUGCAAACUCGUGUGUACCUUUACUACAUCGCUUUCUUGCAGCAGAUGAACAUUUUUUUUAGACAUCUGCCAUUAAGUGGCACUUUUGAGGAUAAUUUAUGGACACGCAGGCCUAUAAGUGCGCGACGUAGCGAGAGACAGCGUUCCUCCUGCAAGUUUGACAUUCCAAGCAAGAGUUGUUUCGCAAGGGCAUACUAUAGCGACUGUGCUAAUGUUGUGUCGUUGGUAAGAGGCCAUUUUUUAUUUACGCCUACCUGUGAUUCACUCGUAUGAGUGGUGUGAUCUGUGUAUUCACGAGGGGCCCAUGUGUAGUAGUUUGAUGCUCUGCGGAUGAAAGUGGAAGGUCUCUUGUUGACGUAACAUACUUAAUGGAUUCUUACAGGUAGUGGUGCAGUGUAGACAAGUUAACAGGUGUUCUAGGGAAGCUCAAGGGAAUUUGAGAAUACACCUAGUAGAAUCUUGAUUAAACGAAUUAUUGGUUAUAACGAGCUAAAUCUAGGUUGUUUCUUCCCUAUAUCUGCACUUCACAAAUAUGUGCUUAUAACUAGCAUAGAUUGUAGAACUGUUUCGUGGUAUGUGUAGCUUCCUUACUAUGAAGUUCAACUCUACAUGCAUGCAGGUAAACUGUAGAGAUUCAAGAUAUGGCCCUUGUUUAGUCAAACUGUAGGCUGUGAGCCAUAGAUUAUAAAAAGAGGGGCUCUUCAUCUAACCAUGCCAAGAUGGUAUUGAAUUGAAAGCACAAGCACAAACUUUCUUUCAUAAAUAACUGCUUGAAGAUUUUUAUAUUCUAGGGGCAUAGCAGGGAAGCACUAGUCUGUGAACAAUAGAUUAUAAAAAGAGGUACUCUUCAUCUGACCAUGCCAAGAUGGUAUUGAAUUGAAAGCACAAGCACAAACUUUCUUUCAUAAAUAACUGCUUGAAAAUUUUUAUAUUCUAGGGGCGUAGCAGGGAAGCACAGGACAUCAGGAUUAAUCUGGAAGUAGAGCUUCUGGCCUGCAACGUAAUUGCAGUAUCAAAUGCUAGCAGUUACCUUACUGAAUUUGAGAAUGAUUUGUAGUUGCGCAGGAAGUUACCAUCCAGAGAUCUCACGCUUUCAUAGGUGUUUAAGUAAGCUAUUGCUGAGAGUGGUGACAUUGGGCCUCUCGUAUACUUUGGGCAUUUUGUACUUCUGGCAAAGGCGUGGAUGCUUGUUUGAUGCUUUUUAUGCUAUGUAUUCCUCUGUGCACUGUAUGAAAUGUAAAGGCCACUUUAGUGCUAAUAAUGUGAUCGCAAUACUUUACAAGUUCCUACGUUCAUCUAACCAAUAUCCAGGAAAACAUUACCAGCGAAACGACUGGAACACUGGACUUGGUACAUGCAUUGUGCCUGAAGCCCUGAAGACAGUUUUCCAGAGCAUGUGCAUAUUGCAAGGCAUGUUCAUAGUGCUUCUUGGCAUUAUUACAGGCUUGCUGUUGCAACACCAGUGUUAGGCUCCCCACUGUUUCAUCUAGAGGGAUGUGCUGUUGGGCACAAUGCUGCAGCUGCAAUGUGAACACUUUUGUAACUGUCUGCAUUUUGUUAAAAUGAUGCAUUAGCUCUGUAAGCAUACACAGAUGGUGGCGACACAUCUGGACGUAUGCACCCUUCAUACACAUGCUACUUUACUACAAAUAAUGCACUGCUUUUUUUUGGAAUGCUGCAAGCAUCUGCAGAUGGUGCCACUGCCUAUAUGCUUUCAGACAAGUCCAGUUUGGGUCCUGGCAUCAACCAAGGCUCUGCGGUUGGAAACAUCUACACCAGUGUCUUGUUAGACUUUCCCACGUACCUUCGAAUGUUGUUUGGCCCUAAAAGUGCUUUCUUGACUCUGGAGCGUAGGACAGUGCCAUUUCUUGAUUGUACACUGGGAGUAUGCAUGGUUAUAAAAUAUAGACUCCAAAGUUGCCAAGGGGCGUUGCAGAAGUACAGUGGUCUGUUCAUGGGUUUUGCUUCGUUCGUGUAAGUGGAGCAGUGAAUAGAAGUUUCUAUAAUGUGACAUCUUUUUUUUUUUUCAUUCUGCCUAUAUUGAUAGUCUGUUUUAAUAUCUCGAAUGCAUUAUGUAAUAUUUGAAUUUACGGAGCCUAUUAAGCACUCCGCUGUAUAGCCAACUUUUAUCAAGCUCAAUGUCUGACCGUCAAGUUGACAGCCUUGUUGUCAGCAUGUCCUGUAACACGUCUUACCUAUUCACUGGAACACUUCAGCUUUUAUACCAAGGGUAGAGGUAAUAUGCCCUGCUUGUGCAAUGCAUGAAUGUUCCCCACUGCUCCAAAAGACACAUUGUGUGUCUUUUUUUAUUCUGUCCUCUUUCUUUGCGUGUGCAUUCACAAUGAGAGCUUGCCGCUUUGCCUGCCACCGAUCAGAUGUUGUUGCUUCAAGGUACCGCAAAAUGUACAAUGCUUGCAAUCACAGUGUCUCCAAUAACUUGUUCAGGGCUUUUCAGAAUACCUGUGACUGGAUUAUCGAUCAGUCAUGCCUCUUGGAUGUUACUUAAAAAAAUGUAGAUUGGCUAAAAACCGCCAGAACCAUGCGGGAUGAAAAACGUAUGGUGCUCCUCAGGCGUUCACGUGAUUUAGUUUUUAACAGACUUUGCUGCACUGUCAGGUGUUUGUUUAUUUUGUGUGUGUUGAAAAAUGCAGUUGCAACACACACCACAGAUGCAGUGUCUCAUGCAGGCAUCUGCAAUGUUGAAAUUCCAUAUCGCUCAUUGCUCUGGUAUUGCGUCAUACAAAACCGAAACUAUAAUAAAAAGUGACAGAUUCAUCUUAAUGUCCCUGUAGGUAAUCACAAAGAAAGUUGUCCAAGAUUCUGGUCAGAGCAGACUGUUGCUUCAUACCCGGUGGUCAUUGUAGCAAUUAGUGGAAGCAAAAAUUGAUCGGAGACAAUGGUGACUAGAGUUACUGUAUAUGCUACCUUUGGGUAGCAGAGUUGCGCAUUGGUCUGGCUAGCAACCAUGGCUAUGUCGCGAAGACUCACUCCGUUUUUGCAGGUGACAUGCUUACCGGGUCACCGGUCGACAUGUUUGGCGUGUCGAAGACCGGUGAUUUACUUUAAUGUGAAUGACUAGUGUCAAUCCAGUUCGCUGCAGCGGCGCCAUCGAGAUAUACAAAACUUGCCCCCACCGUCAGCUUCACCGCAAUGCAUGGUUGCUAGUGGCGUUUGGAAUACAGAUGUGCAACUCUGCUACCUAAAGGUAGCAUAUGCAGUAACUCUAAUGGUGACGAGAGAAAUCGGGAGACGCUAGUUGCUAAAACCUGUGUAGAAUGCACAUAUCUACAAUGAAAUAGACUGUUAAAAGAGAAUACACGAGCAUUGAGUGUGUGUAAACGUUUCCCUCUGAUGAGUGUAUAAUCACCCGACUUUGCAACACAAUGCUGCUGGUGAUGCUGGCACCCUUUUACACACUGUCGUGGUGCACUAAUAAACUUCAGCCAGCACUUGCACAUAAUGCACCAGCAAAGUUGAAGGCACACAUUAGAGUGUUUCCUUUAUCAGAUGACUGAGCUGCGUGAUAGCAAGCAGCGUGCUGCCAGACUAAGUUUCGGCUAAGAAAUUGGUGCCCAUGGUGCCCAUAGACAACAGCUUGUAGAUGCAAUAUUUCACACAGCCACCUGAAAGGUUAACAAAUGUAAUUUAUUAGCACCAUCUGAAUGUUCCUUGUUUCUUUUACACUCUGUGUUGCUUCUGUAUCACAGGAACCACUUGGGGACGUGGUACCACCGCUACAGAUUCGCAUGCCCAUUUUAUCACUGGAACCGCAAGGGCAUCUACAGUGAGCAUUGUUUAGCACGCAAGUGCCUAAAGAAGCCUCUGGCUGUUUUAAGUGCAGUCGUAGUAUUAUUUAGAGAAAUCGUAGUGUCAAGCACACCUAAGCACACCUGCUAUCUGGUGAAAGAAACAUUUCAUUACAUUGAUGUGCUGCUGCAGGUAUGUUCUUUUGCUUUGAGCAUCAAUGCAAUUUUUGAUUGAUUGUGGCCACUGCUAAGUUAAGCACAUGCUCUCCCCCACCUGCCUCCUAAGAAAAUAUUCUGGCCGCAUCAUUGCUAAAAGCAGUUUGUUAUUUGCAGCUCUUAAUUUUUGUUCUUGCCUGUGUGUCAAACAGCUUGAAUUCUAAAUGAAGUAGCUUUUAUGCUGCUCAUCAGAUGAGGUUCAAAUGUCAAAUUAUGUACUGUUUCUGCAGGUGCCAUAGAAGGCUUGGAAUAAAUGCUGAUAUCAAUGCAAGCGGGUGACCUUAGCUGACAACUUUUUAGUUUAAGUGACCAGCAGUUGAAUUUGAAGGUCUCCAUUUCUGUGUUUAUUCCUUCUUCCUUUGUCAUCUGAACACUGCAGGGUGCUGGAGAUGUGUUUAUUGAGACAGUUAUGCUAGCCUGGUUGUAUUUUUUGUUUUGUUAUGUUAUUUUUACAAGAUAUCCUUAUGUUAUGAAUGUACGUUUUAAAAUAAACAA